AUGGAUAGCCAAACAGGAGUACUGUCACAGGAAUUAGUAAGAAUUGAUGAUUCACAAGCUCAGCAAAUGGCUUAUAAUCGCAACCAUAAACUUCCAUCGAGAGUAAAUACGAUCGUCACGACAAACGGUGUUGACGAUACCUUGAAAUAUCCAAAAUCAAAACAAAUGUCACUGUCACAUGUACAAGUUGUUCGACUUGAACCACCGACGACCACACACCCGUCUCGUUCUUAUUUAAAAAAAGCAGAAGAUGCUAGGCGUCAUGGUCCAUCACCUCAAGCAUUUAAUAAAUCAUCAGACCAUUUGUUUUCGUCAACAAUUCCAAAACUAGAACAGAAGCGUUUGCAACAAGAUCAGCAACAACGAGUUGUUUCACCUUCUGCACAAUUUCAACAACCACAGUUGAUUAAUUCAGAAAAUGCAACCGUUGAAGCAUUGAGACGUCCACACAAUGCUGAUGGCUAUCAUCAAUGA